CGUCAUUAAAUUUCGUCAGUAAAGUACAAAAUAUUUAAUUUCCCUCACCAACCAAAAUUCAUUGUACAACCAACUCAUAUCACAAAAAAAUUAAAAUUCCUUCUACUCUCUCGACGACUUAUCUUCUUCAUCAUGUUCAAAUGAGUUUAAGGUCUAAAAAUGAGCAUUAAUAGAUCAUGGAUGUAUAAAAGGCUUGCCGAUCGAGGAUUGCUAAAUGAAGAUUUUAAGGAAGGGGUUAAUGAGUUUCUUCAAACGGCACUGAACUUAUAUCCAAGUGGUGUCAUUGCAUGUCCUUGUAGAAAGUGCAAGAACAAGAAAUCCUUGACUUGGGAUAUUGUUAGGGAACAUCUUUUUGAAAAGGGGUUUAUAGAAAAUUAUUAUGUAUGGGGGGCACAUGGAGAGACAUCUAAUUCCAACGGAUUAGUUUAUUUAGAUGGAGCUAGCUCUUCUCGAGAUAAUACAUCUGAACUUCCAUAUGACCCGUACAAGGCGAUGUUUGAAGAUGCGGUUAGGAAUGAAUUCCCACCAUCUACUCAAGAUGGUAUGCAUACGAACGACGAUCCUACUCCAAUGGCAGAAAGCAUUCAUGAAAUGCUAGAAAUGACAAGUCAACCGUGUUUUGAUGGUUGUCCGAUGACGGAGUUGAGUGCAAUGACUGAAAUACUGAACUUAAAGACUGAGAUGGAUUUAUCAGAGGCUGCAACAGACAGAAUUAUCCAGCUUGUGAAUAGGUUUUUCCCAACACAUAUCCCAAACAGGCCCAUUCAGAAUUUCAAGAAAAUAAAGAGGAAACUCUCGCUAUUGGGAAUGAAACAUCAAUCUAUUGAUUGUUGUCCAAAUGGUUGCAUGAUCUAUUGGAAAGCAGACAAUGAGCUAAUGGAGUGCAAAUUUUGCUCCAGUGCGAGGUACAUGAUUAACAACCAGUCCAAUACAUCUAUUCCGCUUUCAAGGAUGGAGUACUUCCCGAUUACUCCUAGGCUGCAGAGGCUUUAUGCUUCGGAAACCACUGCUGAGAAAAUGAGAUGGCAUAAAGAUCACCAUACAGAACAAGGGGUGAUGCGUCAUCCCUCAGAUGCAAAGGCAUGGUCUCAUUUUGAUAAUCUUUAUCCAUAUUUUGCCCAGGAUCCAAGAAAUGUUAGACUUGGUCUAUGCACGGACGGGUUUCAACCAUUCGGACAAUUUGGACAGAAGUACUCAUGUUGGCCUAUAAUCGUGACACCAUACAACUUGCCUCCCGGUACAUGUAUGAAAAGGCAAUUCUUAUUUUUAUCUGUAUUGGUUCCGGGUCCAAAGAACCCCGCAAAGAGGAUAGAUGUUUAUUUGCAACCAUUGAUAGAAGAGUUGAAGGAACUAUGGGAGGUUGGGGCUAUAACGUAUGAUGCACUUUCAAAGGAAUACUUUAACAUGCGAGCCAUCUUGCUUUGGACAGUGAGUGAUUUCCCUGCAUAUGCUAUGCUUUCUGGAUGGAGUACAAAGGGAAAAUUUGCAUGUCCAUAUUGUACUGAGUUUACUGAAGCAUUUUGGCUCCGCCACAGUCGGAAGCACAGUUGGUUUGAUAGCCACCGAAAGUUCCUAGCAGGUGAUCAUCCAUUUCGAUUAGACACCCAAAACUUUACUAAGGGUAAAGCAAUCAUGUAUGGCCCUCCAUUGCAAAGAGAUGGUUCGUAUUGCUAUGGUGAGAUGGAUGCAUUGAUGUUGGUGACUGAAUUAGGCGGCAUAGAACAUAAUAAAGUGGCUGGAAAGGAUAUCGGAUGGAAGAAACGUAGUAUCUUUUGGGAUCUUCCAUAUUGGAAGGAUUUGCUUUUACGUCACAAUCUUGACGUAAUGCACAUAGAGAAGAAUUUCUUCGAAAACAUAUUUUACACCAUUAUGGGAGUACCGGGAAAGUCAAAGGAUCAUACCCGUGGGAGAAUGGAUAUGGAACAUACUUGCCACAGGCCAAGUAUGGCGCGGGACCGUCAAGGGAAAUAUCCAAAGGCUCCUUUCAUCCUUUCGAUUAAGCAAAAGGAAGCUUUGUGUGACUGGGUUGAUUCAUUGAAGUUCCCCGAUGGUUAUGCAUCUCGACUGGGACGUUGUGUAGAAAUGGAGCAUCUUAAGUUAUUUGGUAUGAAGAGUCAUGAUUGCCACAUCUUUAUGCAACGUUUACUCCCGGUUGCCUUCAGAGAGAUGCUACCUACAGGGAUUUGGGAGGCAAUUACCGAGAUUAGCUUGUUCUUUCGUGACCUAACGAGAAAGACUGUUAGGGUCACUGACAUUGAGAAACUAAAGCUAGACAUCCCUGUUAUUUUAUGCAAAUUAGAGAAGAUUUUCCCGCCCUCAUUCUUUGACCCCACAGAGCAUCUUCCCAUACAUUUACCAGAUGAAGUUCUGUUAGGCGGACCACCUGAUUAUCGAUGGAUGUAUCCUUUUGAAAACUUCUUAGGAUCAGUGUUAAAGACAAAGAUCGGUAACAAAGCUAGGGUUGAAGCCUCGAUCAGAGAAGGUUAUUUGCUUAGUGAGAUGGGUACAUUUGCGAGUUACUACUUCCCGGAAGAAGUAACCACAAAAGCACGUCGUGUGCCGAGAUUUGAUGAUGGGUUCAUGAUUAAUGAUGAUGCUACCAUUUCCAUUUUUGCACAGAAGGCAAAAUUAAUUGGCGCGGGCACACGCCGAUACAUGGACCAAGAUGAAUCCAAUGCAGUGCACUCAUACGUGUUACGAAACUGCCCAGAGAUUGACCCAUUCAGAGAAAUGUUCAGCAAUGCAACUGGAAUAAUAGCUUCUGAUGAGGUUCAAUUUCAAGCACAAUUCCCAAUUUGGUUUUAUCACCAUGUGCAAACUAAUAAUGUGAGUCAUCCACGAUGGAUUCGGGCUUUAUCCAGAUUUCCUUCUCCGUAUGUGACGACCUACCAGACACUUCAUAUUAAUGGUUACAAAUUUAACACUGUAGCACGGUCUGAAGAGAGAGUGACUUGUAAUUGUGGGGUUAUGGUCAAGUGCACAAGUCAUGAUGGUUUGAGACUCGAUUACUAUGGUUUAAUACAUGAAAUAAUUCAGUUGGACUAUCAAGAUUACAAGGUAAUCGUACUCAAAUGUGAAUGGUUUGAGCCUUCUGACAGAGGUACACGAGUCCAUCCACUAUAUGAUAUAGUUGAUGUGAACAUACAAUAUCGGCUCCAGACUUCAGAUUGCUAUAUUUUAGCAUCACAAGCUGAUCAAGUUGUGUACGUCUCAUAUCCAACUGCAAAGACAAGGACCAACAAGUGGCUUUCUGUUAUUCAUUGUUUGCCACGAGCUUUUGUGGAGAAAGUCUUGGCGGGGAGUUCAACUCACGUAGAUGAACAACCGUUAGCAUUCCAACAAAAUGAACCCGGCAAUUCAUUUGAAACAGGCUUCGAUAUUACAAUACAUCAGCACAUGGAUGACCUUCUACUAUGCCAGAGAAAAACUUUGUUAUCAAUACGACUGCAUUUAAAGGACUGGGGGCUGGUGUGCAGAACAACAAACUAAGAACUACGGCCAGAGAGGUAUCUGGCAGUUUGGGUGGUGCAUUUAAAGGCCUUGGGAGUGCCGGUCAGAAAACUAAACCAAUCACUUUGGCGAAAGAGGUGUCAAGUAGUUCAGGCCACUCAACACCGUCUCCACCCAUUUCUUUCGAUGGUAAUGCAAUGGGCAGAAACACCGACAUCCAUAUGGGACAAACAACACAGCUUUAUCAACCACCUCCUUCACAAUACAAUGUAGCUCGUCGUACCAGACCAAGUCUUGCUCCAACUGGUAACCAACAGCCAAACGCUUCUGAUUUCCUAAACCACCGAAAUGACACGCCAACUUGCCUCAAUCAGCAAAACUCGCCAAACACGAUUGACGAUCUAACAGAAGGCUAUGACCAAUCACAUGCUAAAGAUGCAGAACAAGAGCUUAUUGAGUGGAAACCCGAUCCAUACAAUCAUCUCAUGUGGGGUGUAGAACCGUUGGACCAUUUUAGAACCAUUUCGGUGUCCAGAUUUGAAAGACCAUGUGUUGGUAUAAAUGCUGCAGGAGACCUUAUUAAUGAACCAGUGGGCGACACAUGUUUGACGUUUCAAGGCAUUGUUUCUAAGCAGAUCAAAUAUAAUCUGCAUCCGGCCGGUCAACGAUGGAAGUGGGUCCCAGAGAAAACAAAACAGCUCUAUUGGGAACAAUUUCAGGAUUUAGUUAAUUGGGAUAUUACCAAGUAUGAUGCUAAAGACAUUAAGGCAGGUUAUGAACAAUAUUUGCGACAACAUGCUUAUUCCAAUGUACUGAAUUAUAUAAGAACGAAAAAACAGCCUCCAACUGUGAACGAUUUCACGUGGGCUGUUCUUGAGGAGUAUAAAAGGUCAAAGCAGUAUAGGAGGUCGUCUGAGUCGGGUAAGAAGAAUCGUAUGAUCGGUGGAGAUAGGUGCAAGCAGUACGGCGGAUCACGAGCAGCGACUGAUAUGGCAGCACGAGAGUUGAGAGUCACAGGUGUGGCCAUAAAUCCUCUCAAGCUUAGUGACACGUACCACCCAACAAAGAGGAAGAAUGGGGAGAUCAUUCACCCGCAAUCGGAAGUUCAGGAGGCUGUUUCGAAGUUGUCGGCUGCAUUUCGAGAGCAUAUUCAAAAUUCUCAAUCAUCUAACAAUGGAACCGAGAUCUCUAAUGCAUCUAAAAUUACCUCAAGUGAGUGGAAUUCCAAAUACUUAGAAGCAGUUGGAUGCAAAAGGAAGAGAGUGUUUGGAACGGGAAGAUACUCAAAAGCUUUCCUUCUUGAGCUUGAAACAAGUGGCAAAGGGCGUUCAUCAUCUUCACGGCGCUCACAUGAUAUUUGUCUUGCAUGGGAUGAAUGGUUGAGGACAUGGUUUGGAUCACAAGGUGAAAAGUGCCCACUCCCAAUGCCACCCUUUGAUGCUAGAUUGCAACUUGAAGAUCCUGAUUUACAUUUAAAGAUUUUUGAGAAAACUUGGGUUUCAUUUUUCAAGGAACACGGAAUGGAUCCACCAACCUUUUUCCCGUCAUCUCAUUGUUCGUCCCAAGACUCCCAAGACUCCCAAGACUCCCAAGACACCCAAGACUCGGAAGACUCGGAAUCUCCAAGUCAUUAGUUAUGUAUUUUUAAAUUAUGCAUGAACUGAAUUCUCUUAAUGAGGUGUUUUGCUAUGUAUUUUUAAAUUAUGUAUGAACUUAACUUUCUCUUAAUGAGGUGUUUUGCUAUGUAUUUUGAUUAUGUAUGAACUUAAUUAUGGUGGUUUGGCUACUAAUUAACGUUGUAUACAUAGUUGACAAUAU